AUGGAGGCGGCACUCACGGAGCAGGAGAAGGACCAUGCUCUAUGGGCAAGCCUGAUGCGGAGGCUUGCCAUGGAGGAGAAUAUGAACAUCAGUGCUUUGCCUCGCAGACCACCGCGGCUUGACAACCAGGUCUUUGCUUUGUCCCAGUGGUACGACGAGCAUGAGGCUGAAGCCGACCGGGCAGUGCACCGAUUUUUGCAUGACCGUGCGCCUGACCUCCUCUGGGUCUGCUGCAAGUGCGGCGUCGACAUGGCAGCCAAAGCCGGCCUGGUCUCAUUGCUGCUGCACCCCCACCCGAAUGCCCCGGCGUAUGCUCAUCGAACCACCGUCCUUCUGACACGCGAGUGGGUGUGGGACAGCAGCUUCACCAACGUCACCGCCUCCAAGUUGGUGAUGAAGCACGUCAGGGAGAAGUCUGACUGGCUUCAGACGGAGCACUCCUCAUGGAGGAAAAUUCGCCAAAGCGUCCGAGAUCGCACAGCUGGAGAAGGCCGCCGUCCAAUCCCGGAUCCGAGAGAUCCGUGGUCGUCGUCUGACAACAAUGGCCAGUCUGAGAACGAGACGACGGGGGCCGCUGGGACCGUGCCUGCUGACACGGGCAGCACCAGUGCACGGACUGCCGAAGCCGCCCCAUGGAAUGGCCCAACAGGGCAAGGCGGGGCGGCAUCCUCCACGACAAGGACGUCUGAGCAGCCAUGGACGUCGUCUGACAAUCAGCAGUGGACGUCUGAGCGGCAGCAGUGGUCGUCUGAGAAUUGGCACGGCUCGGGCUGGCGUUGGCGAUCCUCGUCUCAGUGGCAGGAGGAGGACGGCGACGAGGACGAAGAUUCCAGGGCAUGGGCCUGA